AUGGAGAAACAAGAAGAACGUUACCGGAGGUGUGGUUCAAGUGUUGAACAAUGUUUAUUUUAUGCAUUGAUGAUAUUACUGGCUGUGUUCAUAUAUUUUCCUCGGUGGAUUGAAAAUUUGCUGUCUUAUUGUCUUACUAAAUGCUUGGACAAUAUCAUUGUGUUAUUGUAUGCCGCUGUCGGACGAAUAGCUCCUGCUCUUGCUCUCGUCUCUAGCAAGUACGCAACUGGCCUUAAAUUGUAUCGAGCUACAGUUGGUCAUAAAGACGAUGCCGAGUAUGCAGAGGAAUUACAGGUUAUAGAAGCUCUGUUAUUACCAUAUUUGAGUUCUGAAAAAAGAUCAACUACAGCAAGCGUAACGUGUGGAAUCUGCUUUGAGGAACAGGAUUACUCACAGAUGUUUAAAAACUCAACCUGCUCUCAUUCCUUUUGUAAAGACUGCACCAGCAAACACGCAACGACAAAGAUAUAUGAACGCAAUAAUGCGGUUACUUGCCCUGGACUGAACUGCAAAUCCACAUUGGAUAAUGACAAGUUGAAAUUAAUACUUCCUAAAGAAACUCUGAUUAAGUGGGAUGAUUUUCAAUGUGAAUCCUCGAUUCCUGAAUGGCAAAAACUGUACUGCCCGUUUGGUGACUGUUCUGUUCUACUAAUUAACGAUGACUACAGAAUUUCAAAAAUUGAUUGUCCAGUGUGCAAACGGUCUAUGUGUGCGGUCUGUCGGGUCCCAUGGCAUUCUGAGUUCAGUUGCUGGGAGUUUGGGACGCUUAGGAUGACAGGUGAAGAGGACGAUAUGGCAGUGGCACUUGCUGAGAAGAAGAAGUGGAAACAGUGUCCAAACUGCAACUUCUUUGUGGAAAAAGCCGAGGGAUGUGUGCAUAUAUAUAACCUGCAGGUGUAA